AUGGCCUUCAUCUUCUCCUCCUCCACUCUCAGAAUUACUGCGAUCUCACUGAUCCUUCUGACAACCCUCUUCUUCUUCCUCCUAAUUCCCCUCCCAUCUCCAAACUAUCCCUCAACAUUUUCACUAAUUCCUCGCAGGUCCCUUCUGAAGAAGAACAAUUCCACUAGCUUAAUCUGUUCUUUUUCCAAUCUUACUUACUCCGAUGGCUUGUUUAAUUACUCCUCUUUCCAUUUCUGUCUAUUUCGAGAAAACCCAUAUUUCUCUAUCCCAUUUCUCACUCUUGUUCUCCUCUUGCAAUUCUAUAUCUUGGUCAAAACGGCACAGGAUCGGUUCUCAGUGGUGGUUACUAAGCUUUCUACCCAUUUGAAACUCUCACCUUCAAUGGGUGCUGUUACCCUUUUGGCUUUGGGAAAUGGGGCCCCCGAUGUGUUUGCAUCUGUAGCCGCUCUCCGAGGGGGCCAACCCAGAACUGGAUUUGGCGCAAUUCUUUCAGCUGGGGCUUUUGUGUCUGCAUUUGUUGUGGGUUUUGUUGCGAUUUAUGCCGCACCAUUCGCAGUGGAUCCGGCACCAUUUAUAAGAGAUGUGCUGUUUUACUUGACUGCUGCUUUGUUUCUGUUUUAUGUUUAUUUGAGUGCUGAGAUUUUCUUGUGGCAGGCGAUUGGAUUUGUUGGAUUUUAUCUGUUCUUUGUUGGGUUUGUGUUUUGGAUGGAUAUGGGAUAUAAUAGUGGGAACAAAACUAAAAGUGAAGCUGUGGAAGAGGUGGGAUUGGUUAAUAAUGGAGAGGUAAAUAAGGGGUUGGAGGAAUUUGAUUGUGAAUAUGGUGAACUCAAGGGGAGAUCGGAAGUUAGAAUGAAACCGAAAUUUGGGUUUUUCAAAGUCCUUUGGAAGAUUCCACAAGCAUGGGAAGUUCCAGUCUCAGUACUUCUAAAACUCACUAUCCCACAAAUUUCACCAUCUGAAUGGAGCAGAUUCUAUCAAUCAGCCAACAUUGCUCUGUGUCCACUCGCCCUAUUAUAUUCCUGCAAAUCACUUGUGCCUCUAGAUCAUCCAAUUAUGUUUCUUUUUCCUAACAGCCAUUUUCCUCUUUGGUUGGUGGUACUCUGUGGAAGCGGCUCUUUAGCAAUUCUACAUUACAUUGUCGAAAAAGAGCCCCCUAAAACUGAGCAAAUUCCUGUAGUGGUCGUGGCAUUUGUCAUGAGCGUAUUCUGGAUUUCCUCUGCGGCUGGGGAACUUCUAAAUUGCCUUGUAGCACUUGGAGUUCUUUUGGAAUUGUCACCGGCACUUCUUGGAUUGACAGUGCUUGCUUGGGGAAAUUCAGUUGGGGAUCUUGUUGCGGAUGUGGCGGUUGCUAAAGCUGGGCAGCCGGCCAUGGCCAUGGCUGGGUGCUUUGCAGGGCCUAUGUUCAACAUGCUUUUUGGACUCGGAACAGCUUUGGUGAUACAGACCGCUAAUGUUUAUCCCGAAGCUUACAUGCUCCAUUUCCACUUGAGUAUAGUGGUGGCGUUUGUCUUCUUGCUCUUGAGCUUGAUGGGAUCCUUGUUGGUCGUAACUUGGCACAGAUUUCGAGUUCCACGAUUCUGGGGGUUCUGUCUUGUUGGCCUUUACAUCGUUUUCAUGGGUGUAAGCCUAAUCAUUGCGAAAUUCUCCGUUUAA